GUUUCCCGUUGCCAUGGAAACGGCAGCAUCACAAACUGACUACACUUUGGAUAAUUUACAACAGGAAAAACACACCCUAAAAACAUAAUGUCCGAGUGUGCAGAGCGGACUCUACUGGAGCUGAACCUGCGGAGGGAGACGUGGUGUCAGGUGGAGAUGAACCCCCGGCAGUCCUGGGAGAGGACCGAGAGGAGACAUUACCGGAGCCACCUGCGGACCAGCCCGGCCCUUCUCACCGCUCUGACCGCCGGACCGCAGCGCAGGGCGGCCUGCAGCGAGCGACCGCUCCCCGGCAAGCUUCCGGAGAGGAGGCACUACGAGGAGAGCUAUGAAUCACACCUGGUGUAGACGGAUACAGCCUGACGAGACCUCACACACUAAUACAACAAGUAUAAAUGGGACCUUGCCACACAUCAACUUCCAGUGUUUUAUUUCUUUUAACACAAUACACCAUAAUACAAUAAUAA